GUUAGAUUUGUUUACAUUUUUAAAAGGGCCAAAGACUGAGACUGAAAACUAGAUAGGGCUCAAAUCCAAAGCAGGUGUAGGGUGUAGACAGAAGACAAAGUCGUCACAGAACUAGAAGCUCUUCCUGUUAAUAAAAUGAGUGUAAUCAAAAAAGAUACCAGCAAUGUAAGCCCCAAGAAGAAAAAUAUUGAGGAAGAUGCAUCAGAUGCCAAUUUCCGUACCCUAAGCAUACUAUCAUAUUUUAUAGUACUAGUCCUUCUAGGAGUGCCAAUUUGGUGGUACACAACUAGAGUCUAUAGAGCAUCGCUGCCCCUAGACGAAAUUAACAGCCUCCAGCUAAAAUCAAAAAACUCUAGUGAUUUUGGUCUCCCCCUAAGCCUCGAUUAUGACAUCCUAAUAAGUUUCAUCCAUCCGGAUCCACAAACAAUAAACAUCCAAGCUAAUGCCCGAGAAAUUGACCAUUAUUUGCAACACUUCUUGAAAAAAAUAUCCCUAGUGACUGAUUUCAUUGUGAAAUCCCAAUGGUUGUAUUUAACAGAACUCGGUGCUAAACCCAGGAAAGUUAUGGACCAUUUUGCUUUGUUAGAAAACCAAUUACCACACGUAAUAACGCCUUUGGAAACCAAACUUUGGUCUCACGUUUCUCCAAGACCAAGCAUUCAUUUGGUUGUAUAUUUCCCCCAUUGUCAAGCUCCUUUGUAUAUUUACAAUUCCCAAAAUCAAAUGACUUCGACUAACACUUUUAUAAGUCCUAGAUGGGGCGGGAUAUAUCUUAUGAAUCCUGAUAAAAACGCUUGUAAAUUAGGUAGUUUCAAAGCUGAUUCAUUACUAAUUGCUUCAACAUUUCAAGAAAUUCUAAAAGAAUUGUUUAAAGUUGGGAAUUUGAAAGAAUUUACUUUAAAUAAGAUUGAAGAAAUGCUUGAAUCGUCUAAAAGAACUUUGAAGUCUUUGGCUCAAUUGUUGUCUGAAAUCAAUAGUAUUGUCAUAAGCGACAAGGUAGCUGAUAAAAUUAAAUUAGCCCUGGAAAGUGUGGGAAAAGCUGAAAAGGCACUAGCAAUGGGCCAUGGAAAAGAGGCUUUGGAUCAUGCUAAAUUAGCUUUUAAAAAUUCUGAAGAAGCUUUCGGAGAUCCUUCCUUACUUGCUUUGCUGUACUUCCCAGAUGAUCAGAAAUAUGCAAUCUACAUUCCAUUAUUUUUACCAGUGAUGAUUCCAGUUAUUAUGUCGUUGAUUCAAAUAAGAAAGCAACUAGGAAGCAAAAAUGCUGAUAAAACCAAAAUAGAUUAGUUCGUUUAUUUUAAUUUAAUAGUUUUUGUGAUAUGUGAUUUUUUUUAAAUUAAACAAC